UGGUGGCAAUGGCAUCAGUGAUCCUCUGCUUUAGAUUAGUGAUGUCCUGUACCUUUGUUCGAUACACGAUAUCUUUAAUCCCAUGUACCCUGUUGACGAAUAAGAUACCAUUAAAUGAUAGUACCCCUACAAAAUGGCUACUCCUCGAGAGAAGGCACAGUGUGUAUCAUGUAUUAUUUAUUGAAACCAAAUCGGAUCUGCGGACUCAGCGAAACUGCAGAACUAAGUAUGGAAGAAAUCCACCGUCACGUUCAUCAAUUCGUGCAUGGAAAUUUAUGGAGACAGGGACAAUGUUCGAUAAAGGAAGGAGUGGACGAUCAAGAAUAUCUGAGAAAAACAUCGAUCAUGUAAGAAAUCGAGUACCGUCUUGAUAUGCUUCAUGCAAUUAAUGGUACCCACAUAGAGGUUUAUUAAAUGAAGCAAACAAAAAAAAAAAAAAUU